AUGGUUGCAGAAAGCUCGCCGGGGCAAUUGAUCAUGAUUUCCCCACCGAUUGUAAAGCUUGGAAACAAUACAGAAGAUGAAGUGGUUGAGCUACCUUUAAAGAACAAUUUACACAUUUUUUUUGACCCAUUUCUCCGACAAAAUGAGAUACAUGAUAAGGAAAGUAACGAAUUUGCAGUCGGCGUGAUUGACGCCAAGACAUGGUCAAAGAUGAUCGAAGAAAAAAUCCCCAAAAUCAUCCCCAAAACACCCAUUAGAACGCCUCCCAGCGAGCCGGAAACGAUCAAUGCGUGGGAAUUGAUGGAAGGUUUGGAUGAUACAAGCCUACUCCGACCAAAAUCCGCAGCGAAUCACAUCCGCAGCUUCUCAUUUCAUGUCAAUCCCAAUUCCUUUACAUCCUUCGGUGAAUCUGCAACAGAAUUCCCAUAA